GCAGCACACUUCAUGAAAUGAAUCAAAUAUAUACAUAAAUAUUGUUUAGAAAUUUGUACAGGUAUGUUAUUUACAAGUGUGUAGUUUACAAAUGUACCACUCGGAUCCUAUGUAUCAAUGUGUCAGAUAUGAUAGACAAUUUAUAGUUAUAAAUAUAUUUCACUUGUUCAUGCAGAUUAUAGCCUGUGGGAAAAAACUGUUUUUGUGCCUGGCUGUUCUGGUGAACGGAGCUCUGUAGUGCCGACCAGAAGGCAACAGUUUGAAGAGAGAGUGGGCUCAGUGUGUGGGUCUAAAGUGAUUUUCUUAGCCCUUUUCCCUCACUCAUGGAGGCAGUGGGGCACCAAUUAUACUCUCAGAAGUCCUGAUUAUCCACCGUAGCCUUUUAAUGUCUGAUGUGGUAGCUGAACCAAACCAGACAGUUAUGGAUGUACACAGGACAGACUCAAAGAUGACAGAGUAGACACACAUAACACAAAAAUGCUUGUGUGUUAUGACCUUAGGGCAUUCAGUUAGCAUGCUAAUCUGCUUUUAAAUACUAUACACUUUAGCUAAUAUCUAAUUAUUAAAUAACCUCCUGUUUCAAAAGCCCUGUAGGGGGUUCCUGAUUAGCACGGUUUGUUUUAGCUUGUUCUAAGUGCUAGUUCUAAAUGUUCUUGAAACAUUUCAGCUGAACUGGAGCCGUCGUGAAACUCUAUAUUUCUCACUCCACUGAACGCGGAAUCAGUAUGUAUUCAUGUAUAUGUAACAUGUACACCAUGUUUAUUGUUAACAAAGCCACGCUAAUAUUUAUGCUGUCAAUCACAAGCUAAGCUAACUACCAGGAAAAGCAGGCAGAUGCUAAUGGUCUGCUAGCAGUCAGCUGAGGACUACAAUUCCCAGCAUUCACCGUGAUAACCAAUAUGACAUACUAAGUCACAGUCAACAAACACAUACUGCAUCUUCCAGAUACUGACUGAGCACAGGUGUGUUCAGUUACACACACACACACAGUAUAUUGUCAAAAGUUUGUGGACACUUGGUCAUAUGUAAGUGUGCGUGUAACGGCAUGUCAUAUGAGAGUGUUUGUAAGGAUGGGAGUGGGGUAGAGGCUCUCGAGGUGUUCUUCUCAGGGUUUCCACGCAUGGUGGGACUAUCUCUGUUUCCCCACCUGGCCACACUUACUAUCGUGGGACAGAACAUCUGCAAAAUCCAGGGCCUGGACUGGUGCCCUCAGCUCCAGGAGCUCUGGGUGGCAGAGUGUAAACUCACUGAGAUAUCAGGUCUGCAGAAGUGUGUGCAGCUGCAGAAAGUGUUCCUUUAUGAUAAUAAGAUCAGGGAGAUGAGGGGACUGGAGUCGUUGAUAAACCUGAGCGUCCUCUGGCUCAACAACAACCUUAUAUCUGAAAUCAAGGACUUGAGUACACUGGAGAACCUGAAAGAACUCAACCUAGCUAAUAAUUUAAUUACAACUAUAGGAAAAAGUCUAGAGGGAAGCAAGAAUCUUCAAAGUCUCAAUCUGUCAGGGAACAAGAUCAGCUCCUUUAAGGAGCUGUCCAAGUUGGCUUGUCUGACUGAGCUGAGAGAACUUGCUCUGAACGAACCACAGUCCAAUCCGAACCCAGUGUGUGUGCUGUGUAAUUACUUCACACACGUGUUAUACCACAUCCCAACGUUACACAUACUCGACUCUUAUGACGUGUCCGCAAAACACAUCAAGGACACUGCAGAGACCACGGUGAGGAAGAAGAUGAUGUACUAUCACAUGCGUGUGCGCAGCGUUCAGAGACUGCUUGAUCAGACAAAACACACACUGCAGCAACAGAAGAAGAAGCUCCAGAAACUGCCUGAGGACAGAAUACACACACUCAGCUUCACCCUCAAACACUUGGAGUGUGAACUGGAGGCUGUAGGUAGAAAGUUGACAGGUGUGCAGGAGGAAGUGCCUUCAGAAGGAUUGGGGGGCACAAAUUCAGACCUUUCUGAAUACAAGAAGAGCCUGAAGAAGAAACUGGAGGCAAUCAGAGAACGGAUAAAGAUCUGGGAACAGAGAUAUGAAGAGGUGGAGGUACAUUACCGGGACGAUGCUGCAAUGGCAAGAGACAGGAAGAGCACAUCAAUUCACUUCCUAGUAAUGGAAUUGGAGACAGUGGGAAACAUUCGUUUUGAGGAAGGAAACACCAGCGAUGCCUGGUUUAAGCUGUGUUAUGACCUGCUGCUCUCACGCUUCUGUGUUUGGGACUACAAAGCAUGCAACAUUACCGGUAUCAAAAUCAACAGAAUCGUGCGCAUGCACAACCGUGCUCUGCGGCUCUGCUUCGAGGACAAACUGCAAACCCUGUUUGCCAACAGCAAGUCCUCACUUCUCCUCUCAAAAAACUACAAACGCCAUCUGGAGUAUCUGUUUUAUGUGUCUGAUCCUGAGAAAAGCACAGAGAAAAUCCAACAAACCACUGAAAUCCUGAACAUUCUCGAGAAUGGAUUUCAAUCAGCUGCCAGCUAUAAGGCCAUGGGUAGAGCCAGUGGUGUUCCUCUUUCUAACAGUGUAAGCAUUUGUGAGGAGCCCUGUAUAAGAUUUCUUGAACGACAAGCCACCAGACGUGGAACCAAAAGCACAGAGAUCCCUCUGCUCUUCAAACACGGUCAGCUGAUCAUCUCUAAAGCAUUUCUGGGUCAUAGUGUUCCUAUGAGUGCUGGAACACCAGUGGACCCAAGGUUUUAUCCCAAAGCUCAGUCAGUAUACCGCAAAACAAGUGCUAAGCAACACAUCAUCCAUCAGAGAAACAAAGGAGAAGUGUGUUCCUCUGUGCUGCAGGAAUGCUGUGACUGCAGUCAGAGACAUACUCUUUGGUACGUUUUUGACCACAAGCUCGUUCUGCCGGAGUAUCUCAUCGACUUUGAAUACAUCACACAGGAGAGAUGCCAGUCCUCCUGCUCAUAUACCCCAGGCCCUCUCAAAGCCCCUGAUUCCACUGAUGGUGCUACAUCAGUGAUUAAUGAUGAGCAGGCACUGGAUGAGCAGGUUUUGGCUCUUAAUCCCAUCCCGAUGCCACGACCUAAACUGCUAAGCCUGGACAAGAGAGGUUUCCUGACCGCAGCUCAAGCAAAAGUCCUCAGUCAGAUUACCGUGCUGAAUCUUCAUGGGAAUAGUCUGAGCAGGCUGAAGGGGAUCUCUAGCCUCACAACACUGCGGCAACUGACCAUCAGCUUUAACGCAUUCACACACCUGGAGGACAUUUCACACCUGCCCAAUCUGAAGUAUGUGGAUGCCAGUUUUAACCAGAUCAUGACUCUGCAAGGCAUUAAAGGACUUCCUUGUCUCAGAAAGCUGGACCUGUGCUGGAACCAACUAAGCCGAGUCCAAAAGGAGAUGAGUGUCCUGCGCAAACAUGCCCCGGCUCUACAGAUCCUCGAUACCAGGCACAAUCCAUGGAGUCUGGAUGAAUCAGUGCGGAUGGUGGUGUUGGGUUGGUUGAAAACUCUCACACACUUUGAUGGAGUGGUAGUAACAGAGGAAGAGUUGGCAGCCAGACACAUAAACUCCAGCUCCAAGAUCAACCCGAAGUUGCUGCUCUCUCACUCCCGGACUGAUGUCGAUCAUCCACGCUGCCUGAGUCUUUUUAAUGUGGCCCAGCUCCUCACACACCUCAAACCAUCACCAUGGACAUACACCACUGACCUUGAACCAGGGUGGCGUGCCAAGAUCACAGCAGUGAAUUUGGAUGGUCAGGGUCUGACCAACCUUACCAAUAUAGAGCAGUUGGUAAAUCUGCGCUGGGCCUCAUUUAAUAAUAACCAGCUCACGCACAUCGAGGGUCUGCAGCAUUGCCCCCUACUGGAGGAGCUAUCACUCAACCACAACUACGUCUGUACACUGGAGGGUGUGUGUAAGCUCCAGCGUCUGAUGCGACUCAGCGUUAACAGUAAUCAGCUGCAUUGUUUGGACCCCUCUGUGUUGGUUCGCUUGACGAAUCUCCACUUCCUCUCUGUUGAGGACAACUGCAUUUCCUCAUUGCAGGGAGUUCAACAGUUAGGCAUGCUGUUUGAGCUUUAUGUCAGCAACAACAAAAUCAGCACCUCCCAAGACAUCUUUAACUUGAAGGCUCUGAGCAACCUGAUCAUCCUGGAUUUAAAUGGCAACCCAUUAGCAAGGAGAUUGGACAAUUAUCGAGCUUACGUCAUUUUUCACCUCCCAUCUCUGAAAGCACUAGAUGGGACUGCCGUGGAAGUGUCCGAAUGUGAGAAUGCGCAGGACAUGUUCGGAGGUAGACUGAAUGUAGACAUGUUAGUUGAGAAACUUGGUCACUGUAACCACGGAGAGAUGGAGGAGCUGAAACUCCCGGGCUGCUCUAUCAGGAUGGUGGAUCUGACUCCAGCUGAGCUCUUUGUGAAGUUACGCAACGUGAAUCUAGAGCGGAACAAUCUCACCUCCUUUGGUGGCCUCAUCUACCUGCCCAAUGUCAAGGUGUUGUAUCUGAACUACAAUCACAUUGAGUCAAUUCUGCCACGUCAGAAAGCAAAUUCUCACCAGAGCAACAGACAGCAGCUCUAUCAGAAAGUUCUCUCCAGCGGCUAUGGACAGCAGAAUAAUAAGGGCAACAGUAGGGAGUGUGUAUAUAUGGAGAGUUCGGAGCCUCUCAUGCCCAGCUUGGAAGUUCUUUAUCUCGGCUAUAACGGCAUCACAAGCCUGAGUAAUAUGCAGCUGAGUCGUCUGAGCAGCCUUCGAGCUCUGUUCUUGCAGGGUAAUGAGAUUAUGCAGGUGGAGGGCUUGGACGGUCUGUGUCUCCUGCAUGAGCUGGUGUUGGAUCAGAACCGGCUGAAGACGCUCAUCAGCAGAUGGUUCUGCUCACACACACGUCUGAUCGAGCUAAGCCUGAACGACAACCGCCUGCGCAGCCUAACAUACCUGCAGCUCACACACCUGCAACGCCUGCACCUCAACAACAACAAGCUGCAGGAUAUCAGUGAGUUAGAAAAACUGGAGGGUCUUACAUCGCUUAAAGAACUGUCUGUGGUGGGAAAUCCGGUGGCACGGCGCUCCCUUCACCGGCCAUCUGUGGUUCUGCAUCUCCCUCAGCUGCAGGUCCUCGAUGGAAUCAAGGUCACUCUGGAGGAGCGAACACAAGCAGAGUUAAUGUGUACUGAGGUCACACCCUUCUGUGUGGACGUGCCGUUUCCUAUGGUACUGUACCGUGCUCCACCUGCCCGGAACUCCGCCCUGGGUGCGGGCACACAGCACCUGCUUGGUCAAGAGAGCUCGAUCAGCGGCCAGGCCGAGGACACACAGGCUAAACGCAUGGACAGGAAGCAGAGAGUGACCAACACACAGAGCGCUCAGAGUAACACACUCAGAGCCACACACAGAAAUUGAGAGUAGGUAUACACACAUUCAUACGAGGUGGUAUCAAAAAGGUUUGAGACUAGUUUUGUAACAUGCCAGCAGAUGGCAGCACAAGGUUGCAUGCACAGUCACAGGACAUUUAUAAGUCAGUGUGCCAAAAGACAUCGUCCUGUGUACAUAGGGAGCUGUGCAACUGGUGCUGUUCUGACCAUGUGUGUUACCACAUCUGAGGGAGGACAUUUACCCAAAGUGACCGGAUCUGUGGCGUGAAAAAAAAACAAAAACAUAUACUCUAAGACGACAAUGCACUGUCACCGAGCUCUCCUCGUAUGUGAGUUUCUCACCGGAAACAACAUGAUCUCACCUCCACAUCCACCCUACUCGCCUUUAUUCAUACUUCAUUCAUGAAGAUGAAGAUCCAGCUCAAAGGUCGUCAUUUUGACACCAUUCAUCGCGAAUCGUGGAAGGUGCUCGUCAUGCUUAGAAAAGAAGACUUCCAGGACACGUUCCAGAAGAAGCGGGAACACUGGGAGUGUUGUAUUGCUGUGCAAGUGGACAGUGUGUUAACAUAGAUAAAUAAAGUACUUUCUUGUAAACCAUUUGAUAUGUAUACAGUUUCAGAAAAUGGAUUUUAUAAAUAUGUAAACUGA